ACUCUAGUAGGUUUUUGUUUAGAAUUGCCUAAUGCAAUGGAACCCUGGAGAUAGUGCACGAUCGCUUAGCUGCGGCAAACGGAGGUCGCUUGUUACCAACCACUAAUAAGAGUGAACCUAGACCCUUAUUAAACGCUAGGUAAACUUCCCCUCUCGAUCAGCAAAUCGCAUCACUUCAAUAUCCUUCCGCACGCACCCAAAUGCCCCUCCCCCUCCGUCGCAUCGGAACGUCACUAAGAGAAUAUAAGCCUUGUUUAUCUUCCUCAGUUUUCCCUAAAGGAUAUCGGACACCACACAUCCCCCUCCUUGGCACACCUUACUUCUCCUGUCACCGCUCAUUUUACGGAUAUAUCAGUGACCAAAAAAUGGCGCCCCAACUUGAACCAUUUUUCAAACAGGUUGACGGCCUUUCCGGUUCUUUUAUUGAACGGUUGCGAAAGGCUGUUGCGAUCCCUUCUAUUUCUGCACAAGAUGAGAAUAGAAAGGAUGUUUUCAGGAUGGCACAGUUUCUCGCCUCAGAGCUGGAAGCUCUUGGCGCCGAAGUGCAUCAAAGGCCAUUGGGCAAACAGCCUGGGAAAGAACACCUUGACCUACCCCCAGUUGUCAUUGCCCGGUAUGGCAAUGAUAAAAACAAGCGAACCAUCUUGGUUUAUGGCCAUUAUGACGUGCAGCCAGCCUUAAAGGAAGACGGGUGGACCACCGAGCCGUUCGAAUUGACCGUUGAUGACCAAGGAAGAAUGUACGGCCGCGGAAGCACGGAUGACAAAGGCCCUGUUCUGGGAUGGUUGAAUGUGAUUGAGGCUCACAGAAAAGCUGGUGUUGAGUUGCCAGUCAACCUUCUUUGCUGUUUCGAGGGCAUGGAGGAGUAUGGCUCAGAAGGGCUGGAGGAGUUCAUUCAAGCUGAAAGCAAGGGCUUUUUCAAGGAUGCAGAUGCUGUCUGCAUUUCUGAUAAUUAUUGGCUUGGGACGGAGAAACCUUGCCUAACCUAUGGCCUGCGAGGCUGCAACUAUUACUCUAUCAGUGUGACAGGGCCUGCUCAGGAUUUACACAGCGGAGUCUUCGGUGGCUCUGCUCAUGAGCCUAUGACAGAUCUGGUCCAUGUGAUGUCUAAACUUGUUGACACCCAUGGCAAUAUUUUAAUCCCCGGCAUCAUGGACCUCGUUGAGCCGUUGACAGAAGAAGAAAAAGCCCUCUACCCCGAUAUCAGCUACACAAUGGACGAUCUCCAUCAAUCACUGGGAAGCAAAACUAGCAUUCACCCCACGAAAGAAAGAACGCUCAUGGCCAGAUGGAGGUAUCCAUCUUUGUCCCUUCAUGGGAUUGAAGGCGCAUAUUCGGCCCCUGGCGCCAAAACAGUUAUACCGGCGAAGGUCAUUGGCAAAUUUUCGAUUCGGACUGUUCCGAACAUGGAAAGCGAAGAUGUGAAUGAGCUCGUCUUUGAUUAUAUUAAGGCAGAAUUUGCAAAAUUGAACAGCAAAAACACUUUGAACGUAUGGCUGCAGCAUGAUGGGAAAUGGUGGGUCGCAAGCCCAAAACACUGGAACUUCACUGCUGCAAGCAAAGCAGUGAGGCAGGUGUUCGGCGUUGAGCCGGAUAUGACACGUGAAGGUGGCAGCAUUCCCGUCACAUUGAGCUUUGAACAAGCGACAGGCAAGAAUGUUUUGCUUUUGCCAAUGGGCAGUUCAACCGAUGCUGCACAUUCUAUCAACGAGAAGCUUGACAAGAGAAAUUAUAUUGAAGGCGUGAAGUUGCUUGGAGCUUACCUGCACUAUGUUGCAGAAGAGCCUAUGGUGGCGUAAUUGUCAAUCAGCAGCUGUAAUAAUUAUUGGUUACAGCAUCAAUAUUUAAAAUGGAAAGAGGGAAGAUAUUAAUUCA